AAGUACAGAAAUACCCGAACGGGUUCUACACCUCUAUACCGAAAUACCCGAAAAUCCGAAAUACCCGAUCCGAACCCGAACGGGUACCCGAACGCCCACCCCUAGCAUAAACAGUGGAAUCUUGAAAUCCCGAGUAGAGACAACUUAAGCUUGGCGAUUGAACUAAAGACCCGAAGGUACUAAAACCAUAAAGAACAUGAAAACGAGAAAAGAAAGAGUAUCAAAACCCAUUAUAGAUAGUGUUUAGUUUAGAGCAUCUCCAAAAGACACUCUAUAACUUCAAGUAUGAAGUUUUUUGUUCUCCAAAAAAAAACUUCAAAACUUCAAAUUUUGAAGAGUGAAACUCUAUAUUUGAAGUUUCACUACUCAAAACUUCAAAUUUGAAGUUUUAUAAUUUUAUUUGCAUUUUGGUCCCUACAAUCACAUAUCAUAUUUAUGAUCCAUAAAUAUUUAUCGUUUAUUAUUUUAAUCCUUAAGAAAAUUAUAUCUCAUAAAUAUUUAAAAUUUUGUUUACAGAUUUUAAAUUUUACACAUAAAUUAAAUAAAACUUUAAAAUAAGAUUUAAAAUAUUUUAAACUAAAUUUAGACAACAAUAAUAUACAAAAAAAAUUAACAAAAAGAUUUUAAAAAAUUACAUGAAGACAUAACUAUUACACAAAUUUAAAUAUUACAACAACACUAAUAAUCAGGUAAGUUUGAUCCGGAACAUUUAAAAUUUUCAAAUAUUGUCCAAAUUUUUUUGUCCACUUUUCUUAGUGGAACCUUGAAAAGAAAUUAGUCUUUUAGCAAUAUUUUAUGUUUCUCUUUUACUUUCUUGUUCCAAUUUAAUGUAUUUACAAGUAUCAAUAUCAUCUGAUUUCAACAAAUUUUAGCUCGUAAUUUACAAAGUAAAAAUGAGGAGAGCCAUUUUUACUUCGAAAUGCACUAAUAUAUCAUAUAUGCAUUACGAAAAUUAUUUUAUGGAAUAAUAUGGUAUUUUGUUUGAAGUUUAAUAUUAAUUAAGUUAUUUUUAUUAAGUUUUUUAUAUUUUAAUAGGAUAUUUAUUAAUUAAUAUUGUUGUAAUAUGUUUAUAUAUGUGCUAGUUAUUUAUAAAAGUUUUAUGAAUUCAUAUUAGUUAUGAUAAAUAUAAAGACCAUAUUAUAAAAUAUAAAUAAUUUUGAAGUUGAGUUUGAAGUUUUGCUUUUGGAGAAGAACACCUUUAAACUUCAAAUAUAGAGUUUUAGAAACUUCAAAAUAGAGUUCAUUUUUGGAGAUGCUCUUAGUGUUAUAUAAGUAAUUGCUAAUAAAUAGUUGUAACAGAUGAUACUCAUCAAUAUUGACCCAAUAAAAACUCAUCAAUAUAUAUUGAUUAUAUAUAUGUGAGGUUUUUAAGCUAAAUUCCAUGGCAUGCUUACUUACAAUUACUUCAAUUCUUUUUUUUAACGCUGAUUUAUUAUGACAUUACAUUUAUGAACAAGAUUACAUAGACAAUCGACAACCGACAAUACUACUUGUCUUAUGAAAAUCUACGUCUAACUGCAUCAUCUGAGCCGUCCUAUGAAGAUUCAUUCCUGGCCAGAUUUACUUGCACUAAUAGCUAUAUUCCAUGGCAUGCUUAGUUACAAUUACUUCAAUUCUAAUAGCUAUUAUAUUGCAAAUUUAUCAGGUUGAUUGGUAGAUUCAUUUUUAGAAUAUAACAGUACCUUUUAUCAGUGAUUCAAAGGUGUUAAUGCAUGCGAUUGGACAACCUCAGUGUACCUCUAUUUCAUGGACAACCUCAAAGGUGUUAAUGCAUGAGAUUAUUGAGACACCAAGGAGAUUUCUUCAACCAAACUUCAAAUUCAUGCCUACCUUAUAUUGUACUAUUCCAAAUUGGUUGCGUCCAAUUGUUUGGAAAGAAACAACACAUUUGUAGUUGGUUAUGACUAUUAUCAGAUGUUUGAAUUGAAAGAAAGAGAAGCUACAUACUGUAUUUGUCAAUAUAUAUGGUGGAGACAAUUUUUUUUUCUGAAAUAAUGUUACAUUUAUUCAAAAAACUUUUGUACAAUGACUGUAACACUAAUUGAGUGUGUCUGAUAAAAUUAAUUUAAAACAGAAAUCAAAGAAUAUUUACAAAAAGAAAAGUAUUUACUCCAUAUGAAAAGGUAAGUAAAAUUUACCAUUUAUUUAAAAUAUAAUAUAAUGAUUAUAUUGUAAAGGACGUUCCUCCAACGGCUACUUAAUACAUACAUAUACUUGAAAAAGUAGGUUCUAAAAAGGACAACCGACCAUGACUUUUUACAGGUUGGCUUGGCGCUCCUGGUUGGAUCUAAAAAUUUAAAUCUUAGCAUCUGCUAUAAAUCUUGAACAUUAAUGUGAUCACUUCUAAGAAACCCUUUAAACAUUCAAUCAAAAUGUUCCAAAGAAGAAGACCCAUUUUCCAUAAGGUCUCAAUAAUACUAAAAGUCUCGAUCUUUAGAAGACCAAUUAUCCCAAGACUCAAGCUGCCCAUAAAUCAGAGAAGAUCAGCCAAGAGGGUCAAGCAACUUCGGCAAUACAACUACAAGUUUCUUCAAGAGUAUCAAUUCUUACCUUCACGCACAUCCCUUAUCCGAUAUUGUAGGAAGCGAAUUCGCAUAUCUAGAUCGGGGCUUAAACAUAUUUACGAUUUAUUAAUUCUUUCACGGUGCAUCGGCCAAUGCAGUGAUGAAUGUGUUGUUGAUACAAUAACACAAAGUUGGAUAGAGAUGGAGAUAGAGCCACUGCAUUGUGCCCCUGAAGUUGCUUCUCCAUUAAGGGAGUUUUCAAAGCCUUUCGAUUGCUUUCACGAAGAUGAUUCGAUUGAUUUGAAGGCUGAGAGAUUCAUCCAAAAUUUCUACCAUGAGAUGAGGAUGCAAAAGCGGGAAUUUUACUGAUUGGGUGUUAUCGUUACUUUUUGGAUUACGAAAUCGUUUAUGUUUGUAUUAAUUUCAUUUUCCACAUCAUUUGUAUUAUUAAUUUUAUCUCCAUCAUAUUUGAUAUGGUGGAGAAUAGAUCAUUAUUUUAUUCUAUUUAGAUAUUUUUAUCUCAGUUUAAGUAUAUGAAUUAAUUUUAAAAAUUUGAAGAUCAUGAAGUGAUAACAUUAUAUGCCAACCACCUAAAUUAAUUCUUUCGAUAAAAAAAGAAUAAUUUAGGUGGUUGGCCAUAUAAUAUUAUCACUUCAUGAUCUUUAAGAACUUAAUAUUGGACUUGCCCCACACUGAGAGUUUUUUCCGUUACAAAAUUUUAGAGCAUUUCCAAACAAGCAUCCUUAAAAUAAAGGGACGAAGGUCACCCUCAAAUAUAUUUUAAAAAGAAUUUAUAAUUUACAAUUUAAGUUUCAAUCUUAUUAAUAAUUAAUUAUAGUCAUUAAACUUUUAUAAAGAAAUAAAAUAUUUAUGACAAAAUAUAAUACAAGUAGUCAAAUAUAAUCAUAAGUGGGACGAAAAAUGUUAAUAAUUUUUUAAUGAAAAUAUAAUGGUAAGUACUUUAAUAUGAUAAUAAAAUUUUCUUUAUACGAUUAUGAAACAUAUAUAAUUAUAGAAAUUAAACUGAAAAGUGAACAGCGUUCUGAGGAUAUAAAAAAUGCACCGUCAAUUUUUAGGAUAUACUAUUCACCCUUCUUCAAUUUUGAAAGGAUAAAAGCUGUCAGGAUGCAAAAACCUUUCAAAAUGAGAGGAUGAAGAGAUGUUGGAGAUAAUAUUAUAGCCUAUGGCAAUUUACCCUCAGCCAUUUUAUUGGGUCUUCCAAUGGUUGCAUGUUCGCAUAUCUAUUAGACGCUAUGACCUAUUGGAUAAUGAAGAGAAGCUCGGAGGAUUGACCAGAUGGGAAGGUAGUUUUGUUGCCUUCCGGAGUUUCAUUACACAAUCGGGGCUCUGGGAUCUGCAACACACAGGCAAUCAUCUUUCAUGGCGUGGAACCCGCUACAAUCAUUUCAUUCAAUCAAGGCUAGAUAGAGCGGUUGCAAAUUGUAGUUGGUCCGAACUGUUCCCUACCUCGUAUUGUGAGUACCUCAGUUUUGAGGGGUCUGAUCAUAGGCCAUUGUUAACUUAUUUGGAUAAUAAUCCUCGGAAGAGAAAGAACUUAUUUCGCUAUGAUAGACGUCUUACGAGUAAACCUGAAAUCAAAGAGUUGGUGCUAGAUAAUUGGAUGCAGUGCGAUCUUGACUCUGUUCUAUCUCGACUAUGUCGUGUGCGACAAGCAAUCAUCAAAUGGACGAAAGAGCAGAACCAAAACUGCAAAGUGAACAUUCAAAAGCUCCAACAAGAUCUGGACCUAGCGUUGUCUGCUCCAUUACCUGAUACUGAUCUCAUUGGGAUGCUAACCUCGGAGCUAGACAAAGAAUACAGGGAGGAGGAAAGCUACUGGAGACAGAGAAGCAGGGUCCUAUGGCUUCAACAUGGGGACAAAAAUACAAGCUACUUCCAUGCGAUAGUUCGAGGUCGUAAAGCAGCUAAUAAAUUCUCGGUCAUCGAGACGUGUGACGGAACGCCGGUCUAUGAGGAAGGGCAGAUUGCAGCAACUAUAGCGGAUUAUUACAGAAAGCUGUUCACUUCAGGCUCGGGUGGUGAUCCACAGAUCGUAACAGAAGCCAUUUCACCAUGCGUCUCAGAUAGCAUGAAUGCUUCCCUGAUAGAAAUACCAAAUGAUAUGGAGAUAAGAGAGGCAGUCUUUGCGAUCCAUGGGGAUAAGGCGCCAGACCCUGACGGUUUCUCGGCUAAUUUCUAUCAAGGUUUUUGGGACAUUGUAGGAGACGAGGUAUGCCGGGAUAUACGAAGCUUCUUUGUUACUGGCACCAUCCAUAGUCGCUAGAAUGAGACUCACGUGCGUUUGAUACCGAAGAUAAAAAACCCGAAGACAGUGAUGGAUUAUAGACCAAUCUCUUUAUGCUCCACGCAUUAGAAGAUCAUUGCUAAAAUACUCUGCAGACGGAUGAAGCCGCUCUUAUCUGAAAUCAUCUCUCCUCAUCAGUCUGCAUUCGUAGCGGGUAGAUCCAUCUCAGAUAACGUCUUGAUUACGCACGAAAUACUCCACUACCUCAGAACCUCCAGCGCGAAGAAGCACUGCUACAUGGCUGUCAAGACGGACAUGAGUAAGGCAUACGACCGAUUGGAGUGGAGUUUUUUAAGGAACGUUUUGAACCGGUUUGGUUUCCACCCAACUUGGGUUGCUUGGAUCAUGGAGUGUGUGAGCUCAGUAUCUUACUGCUUCCUCAUUAAUGGAAGCACUAAAGGGAGAGUUGACCCGACCCGUGGGCUUCGUCAAGGUGACCCACUGUCACCGUACUUAUUUAUUCUCUGUUCGGAAGUACUAUCAGGUAUGUGUGUGCGGGCACAGGAACAGGGGAGUCUUCAAGGGAUUAAGGUAGCACGAGCUUCUCCACCUCUCAAUCACUUGCUAUUUGCGGAUGAUACGAUGUUUUUCUGCAAAAGUGAUCGGAGCACUUGUCGUCAGCUAACCUGCAUCCUAGAGAGAUACGAAGCAGCUUCUGGACAAUGCAUAAAUCUCCUUAAAUCCGCUGUUACUUUCUCAGGAAAAACACCCAUAGCUGCAAGACGCCAAGCGAAGGAAAUUCUAAGAAUAGAAGGCGAAGGUGGUGUGGGAAAGUAUUUAGGGCUACCAGAGCACUUCAACCGUAAGAAGAAAGAUAUUUUUGCGGGGAUAGUGGAUCGUAUUCGCCAACGCUCUCAUAGCUGGGCAACUAACUAUCUCAAUGCCGCUGGGAAGCAAGUCCUUCUCAAGGCUGUUCUAGCUGCGAUGCCCUCUCAUGCCAUGUCUUGUUUCAAACUCCCGAUGUCCCUGUGCAAACAAAUCCAGACUAUCCUCAUGCGCUUUUGGUGGGACGCGAAACCGGACGUGCGGAAAAUGGCUUGGGUCUCUUGGAGUAAGAUGACAAUGCCAAAGCUUGCAGGAGGAUUAGGUUUCAGAGAAAUAGAGCAGUUUAAUGAUGCCUUGUUGGCUAAGCUAGCCUAGAGAAUCCUGAAGUUCCCUCAGUCCCUCUUGGCACGCACGCUGAUGGGUAAAUACUGCCACUCAGGAACCUUUUUAAAGGCUUCCGCUCCACAAAACUCAUCACAUGGGUGGCGAGGAGUUCUGGCUGGUAAGGAGGUUUUGCUAAAAGGACUAGGUUGGGUGGUGGGAUCAGGACAGAGUAUUAAUAUUUGGUCGGAGCCUUGGUUAGGAUCAGACCGCCCACUUGCUCCUAUGGGUCCUCUGACAGAAUCCAACAGAAACACCCUUGUCUCUGAUCUUAUUCACAGCCAGUCUGGUGAAUGGAACGUUGAAGCGAUUAGACUACACUUACCUCAGUAUGAGGUGCAAAUCAGAACUAUCCCGCUCAGCCAGUUCUCUAUGGAAGAUGAGUUGGUAUGGCUCCCAGACAAAACUGGAUCAUACUCAACCAAAACAGGGUAUGCUCUCUGUAAACUGAAUAUAGGUGAACCUGAUAUCACCUUCGACUGGAAGAAGCUUGUCUGGGGAGUUAAAACAUCUGCUAAACUCAAGCACUUCCUGUGGAAAAUACAGAACAAAGCCAUACCGGUGGGGGAAAAUUUAAUCAGGCGUGGAAUUGAGGUUGCAGGUACCUGUAAAAGAUGUGGAGUUCUUGAAACAGAGAGACAUGUGUUUAGUCAGUGCACUUUUGCGUCCCGAGUUUGGGAACUAAUCCCCGCAAUGUUCAAACCAGCGCCCUACGCAAUCUCUACCACAGCAUCCCUACUCCUAGCUUGCGGCCGCAUGAUUAAUCUACCACCCUCGGGACUCAGCUCUACUGAUCUUUAUCCGUGGGUGUUGUGGUAUCUUUGGAUUGCAAGGAACAAACUGCUCUUUGAAAAUAUGGUUAUAACAGAACAAGAGGUUGCAACACUGGCAAUCAGAGAAGCUAGGACUUGGCAGGCGGCCCAGAAGGAAAUUCCUACGAUACCAACCCAUCGACAAGGAGUCACAGUACCACGGUCAUGUGGUUCAUCACUAUCUAUCAACUGUUUUGUGGACGCUGCUUGGAAUGCAACCACCAAAGGAGGAGGCUUUGGUUGCAUAUUCAAGGAUCCUUCCAGCAACAUUACCAUCCACCAAAAUUCUGAAAACCGUUGCAUCGUCGGCUCUGCUUUUAUUGCAGAAGCUAUAGCGGUUAAAGUUGCCUUAUUGGAGGCAGCCCAGUUGGGAUUAAGAACGCUGACGAUUCAGUCAGAUUCACAGUCCCUCAUCAAGAUCAUAUCAACAAGGAAGAGGAAUAUUGAAGCACAAGGAGUGUUGUUUGAUAUUGAGCACUUAUGUACUUUCUUUUCAUCUAUCUCCUUUCAAUUUGUACCGAGGCUUAACAAUGCUGAGGCUGAUAGCUUAGCUAAACAGGCAUUGUGGAACCUCUCUAACUCUGGUUGAGUUCUUUAUUAUAUGCAAUGAAGGUUUGUUCAAAAAAAAAAAA